AUGGACCGAAUUCUAAUAAAAUUACAACUUCAAGGUAUUUUUCUAAUUAAAAAAGUUAUACUCAGAUAUACCCUUGUCAACUGGGCUCCAAAAAGUUUGUUAUUGCAGUUCAGGAAAGCUGCAAACAUAUAUUUCCUGCUUAUAUCUGUAUUGACUUGCAUGUCUUUUUCCCCUAAAGAUAUAUUUAGACACAAGCAAGAUAAAGAGCUAAAUAUGAAGGUGUCUGAAGUUCAUCUACAAGCUAAAAAUGAAUUUUUCGAGAAAAGAUGGGACAUGAUUAAAAUGGGUGAACUUGUAAAGGUGUUUAAGGAUGAAGAAUUUCCAGCCGACAUACUUUUAUUAAAAAGUUCGAAGGAUAAUGGACUUGCCUACGUUGAUACUAUGAAUCUAGACGGAGAGACAAAUCUCAAAGAGAGAAAUUCACCUGUGGAUUUGUAAGUUUUGAAAGAUGAUGACAUUCAUCAUCUAGAUGGUGAGCUAAUAUGCGAUUCCCCAAAUGAAAGCUUAGAAAAAUGGGAUGGAAAUGUCACCAGUCCUUAACUACCAAAAGCUAUAAAUGUAGGACUAAAGUAACUAUUACUGAGAGGAUGUAGACUAAGAAACACAGAAUAUAUUCUGGGCUUUGUGGUAUAUACUGGAAAAGAGUCUAAGAUUAUGAUGAACCAGAAAAAGCCAAAGCAAAAAAUAAGUAACGUAAUGAGAAUGAUGAAUACAAUGUUGUAUUCAGUUUUCAUGUUUUAAUUGGUGAUAAUCUUACUUUUUGCAAGUCUUAGUAUGAUCUGGCAAGCAAAUAACUCUGAUAUUCAUCAUUACCUGGGAGAGGAUUCCUCACCAGGAUUCGACACAUUCAUAAUUAAAAUGCUUACAUUUUGGGUUGCCUAUUCUCAUCUUAUACCAAUCUCUCUCUACGUAGUGCUUGAAAUCAUCAAACUUGCUCAGUCAUACUUGAUUAAAAAUGAUCUCAGGAUGUAUGAUAAGGAAACUGGAUUCUCAAUGUGCAGGAAUUCAGAUCUAAUUGAAGAGAUGGGACAAGUAGAAUUCAUAUUUUCAGAUAAGACAGGAACACUUACCUGCAAUAUUAUGGAGUUCAAAAUGGUAUCUUGCAAUGGAUAAAUAUUCAAUAACUAAGAAGAAAUCAAUGAAACACUUAAAUCCCCUAUAAAUUUUAUGGAAAAUCCAUAAUUGGCAUAGACUUAGAUGAUGCUACACCAAUUUUUACACACACUUUCUGUUUGCCAUACUGUCUUAAUUGAUACUGAUGCCAAUGGUAAAAAGUCAUUUUAAGCUAGUAGUCCAGAUGAAUUGGCUUUAGUUGAUGGAGCUGCUGCUUCUGGCUAUAAAUUUUCAGCUCGCAAUGUGCAAUUCAUAGGUAUUGAAAAUACUCACACUAAUCCAAAGACAAAAGAGAUAUUUGAAGUUCUAAAUGAAUUUCCCUUUGACAGUACCAGAAAAAGAAUGUCUCUCAUAGUCAGGAAAAAGGGAGAUACAGCUAUUUAAAUGCUUAGCAAGGGUGCUGACUCAAUAUUACUUCCAAGAUGCGUUAUCAAUCCAGUAAUGAGAGAAUCGAUUGAAAAAGACUUAUAUUACUUUGCAACUUAAGGUUUAAGAACUUUAGUUAUUGCUAAGAAGCCUCUAGCUUAAGAAAUUUAUAAUGAUUGGAAUGAAAGAUUUUUCAAGAUAAGUACUUCAAAUCUACCUGAUAAAGAAUAAAAAUUAUUAGAUCUGUAUGAUGAACUAGAGCAUGACUUGAAUUACCUUGGCUGUACUGCUAUUGAAGAUCUUCUUUAGGAGGAUGUUCCUUAAACAAUCAAAGACUUGAUGACUGCAAACAUUAAAAUGUGGGUAUUGACUGGAGAUAAGCAGGAAACUGCUAUUGAAAUAGGGAAAUCUUGCAACAUUAUUGACCUAAACACAAUGGACCUCAUUAUUUUAAGUUCAAGUACAAAAGAAGAGUUCAAGGAGAAAUUAAGAGACUCCUUUAACAAUUUUCCUAAUCCAAAGAAGAGAAUGACUAUUGUGAUUGAUGGGUCUACUUUAGCAUUUGCAUUAGAAGAUGAAGUGCUCUCAACUAUAUUUUAUUAAUUCGGUUGCAAAGCUAUAUCAGUUUUGUGCUGUAGAGUUUCACCAAAGCAAAAAUCUGAUGUAGUAGCUUUAGCAAAAGCAAAUAGCACGAAUAUUACACUUGCUAUUGGAGAUGGAGCCAAUGAUGUACCGAUGAUUAUGGAAGCACAUAUCGGAGUUGGAAUUAGAGGUAAAGAAGGAACAUAAGCAGCAAGAUCUGCUGAUUACUCUAUAGGAAAGUUCAAGUUCUUAAAAUAUCUUGCUUUUUAUCAUGGUAGAAACGCAUAUAGAAGAUUGGGGAGCUUCAUCUGCUAUUAUUUCUACAAAAAUGUGAUUCUUGUCUUUUGUGAAAUAUACUUUGCCUUUGCGAAUGGAUAUUCAGGCUAAACUUUCUUUGCAGACUGGUUACCUAUGCUUUAUAAUGCAGUUUGGACUAGUUGGCCAUGCAUGUUUACAUACUUUUUCGAGAGAGAUGCAGAUUAUGACUUUUCACUAAAAAACCCUAUUCUUUAUGUCGCUGGACACAAGAGAGUCUAUUUCAACUUUAGAGUGUUUUGGAAAUAUAUCCUAAUGGCUUACAUCCAUGGUUUAAUAUGCUAUUUAUUCCCAUUACUCGGAUUUGACAAUCAGUUAGAUGAUUCGGGAAGUACUUAAGAUACUUGGUUUCAUUCAACACUCUCGUUCACACUUAUUCUUCACAUUGUUACCUACAAAUUGCUAGUAGAUGCUACAAUGUGGAAUUUUAUCAAUCUCACUAUGUGCUUUAUCUCACUCUCUAUGUACUACAUUUGUGUUUUAGUCAUUAAUAUGGGUUUCAUUGCAGAAAUCAUCUAACCUCAAUUACAAGAAACAUUUAUACUUCUUCUAAAUAAUGGAAAGAUAUGGCUGCUGAUUAUCAUCGGGCCUUUUAUCGCUUUACUACUAGAUUUGACUCUUUUAUUUCUUAAUAGAGUUUAUUUCAAGAGUCCAGCUGAUCAGAUUAUUCUCCAAAUGAAACAAGAGUAAAAGGAUUUUGGUGGUAAUAGUAAUAAUAAACUUAGUAAAAAGCAUUCUAAUGGCGCGUAAAAACUUCCUCAGCAGGAUGAAGAGGAAUUCUCUUCUUUAUCAAAAGAUAAAAAAGACGAUAAGACUAACAACAAUGAUCUUGGCUAGCUUAAUACAGACAUUGGGCCAGCUGAAAAGUAAUCUAGUGAUAUAACACCUAAAAAGAGCAUUCCUAAAUCAAAUUCCAAAAAGAAAAACAACCCCAAAAAAGCACCACCUAAAAAGAAACCCCCUAAAAAAGAGGAGGAAGAGUAUUAUGACGAAGAAUAUGACGAGGAAGAUGGUGGAGAAGAAUAAGAUAAAGCUAAUUUAUACAAGUAAGUAAAAAAACCUGGCAAAAUGGACUAUACAUUAAACUCGGUUUCUCCUGCAGUUCAAGGCUAGUUUGUCAAUAGAAAGCCAAGUCAGGGUGUUUCAAAUAAACCUUAAUAAAAAUAACACAAUAGGAGAUGA